AUGCUCAAUGACAACGACAGAUGCGCAAAGUAUGCGGAGGCAUUGUCUCGCGCUUUGCAAAAGCGGCCUGAGAGUAGGGUUUUAGACAUCGGGACUGGGACUGGAUUGCUAGCGAUGUUAGCAGCUCGUGCUGGUGCGAAACAUGUGGAUGCAGUAGAGCUGUUCCAGCCGUUGGCUAACCUGGCAACACGAGUUGUAGAAGAGAACCAAAUGCAAGACAAAAUAUCAGUGCACGUCGGCGCCUCAACUGAUUUUCAUGCGCCACAAGAUGACUUCCAAGCGAAAGAUCUCGCGCUGCCUAAGAGGGCUGAUGCUCUUGUUACCGAGGUUUUUGAUAGUGCUCUGCUCCGAGAAAAUUGCCUCGAGACAAUCUCCCAUGCAUGA